AAUCACAAAAUGGACUUCUGGAAUCUGACACUCAGAAUUAUUUUCUUAUUACAAACUACAGCUGGAAUUAUGGGAAAUUUUUUCCUUAUCUUCUAUUACCUAGUCCUUUAUUACAGAGAAUGCACAUUAAAACCCACAGAUUUGAUUCUGAUGAACCUAAUAGCAGCCAAUGUUGUGAUAAUUCUCUUUUUAGGAGUGCCCCAAACAAUGGCAGUUUGGGGAUUGAAGGAUUUCUUGAAUCAUUUAGAAUGUGAGUUUGUAUUAUGCCUUCAAGGAUUUGCUCGAAGUGUGUCCAUUUACACCAUAUGCCUCAUGAGUGUUUUCCAAACACUGACCAUCAUUUCCAAGAAAUCUUUUUGGAAGUAUUAUAAAGUCAAAGCUGACACAUACAUUGGCUGUUGCAUUUUCUUCCUUUGGGUCUUGAAUGUGUUUUUAAAUUCCAUUUCAAUUCUGUGUAUACAUAUCACAAAGAAUAACACAAAUAUGACAAGAAUUAGAGAUUUUGGGUACUGUAUUCUUAUAGGGAGUAAUGACUUCACUGACACACUCUAUGCAACUCUCGUCGUGUUUCCUGAAGUCUUCUUUUCUGUGCUUAUUGUCUUGGCAAGUGUCUCCAAGAUUGUCAUUCUGUACAGACACAAGAAGAGAGUUCAACACAUCCAUAGCACUCAUGGUUCCAGCCAAACUUCCCCAGAGUUCAGAGCCACUCAGAACAUCCUCACAGUGGUGUCUACUUUUCUGGCCUUUUGUACUGUCACCUCCAUCUUAAGAGGCUGUAUAGCUCUUUUUCAUAGUCACAGUUGGUGGCUGAUUAAUAUCAAUCACUUCACUUCUCUGUGUUUUCCCACUUUUGCACCCUUUAUUCUUCUGAGUCAUUACUCUAUUGCAUCUAGAUUCAGUUUGGUCUUGUUAAGAAAAAAAAUUGUCUCAUAA